GGCUCCAUCAUUGACGUGCAUUUCAGUGAUCCUAGCUUUUACAGGAAAACCACCGAAGAUGAAAAGACUCCUCGAAAAGGAAAAAGACGAAGGCGAAGGAGGAAGUGAUAAGGCUUGUGAUAUACAACAUCCUUCCUGUUCACUGUCUAACUUUCGUUUCCAUACUCAGCAAGAACUCGAGACAAUGUACGGGAAACAGCGUGAGAAGAAACUCGAAUUCACCUGGUUUUUGGCUCCUAAGAAGAUGAAAAGACUCCCUGAAAAGGAAAAAGACGAAGGCGAAGGAGAGAGUGAUAAGGCUUGUGACAUACAACAUUCUUCCCGUUCACUGUCUAACUUUCGUUUCCAUACUCAGCAAGAACUCCAGACAAUGUAUGGGAAACAAAAUGAGAGGAAAGUCGAAUUCAACUGGAAUUUGGCUCCUAAGAAACCACAGCCAAGUAAAGUAAAAGAAGGAAUCAGCCAGGAAGAACGCGAGAAAUCCGAAGGAUACAGGCUGUUUAAGAAGGCCUUGGAUGCACAUAUUGUCAAGAGAGAAAUGCGAAGGAUAAAGGCUGUUUAAGGAGGCCUUGGACGCACAUGCUGUCAAAACAACCUCCACCAAGAGUAGUUAAACACCUAAAUAGACUGUCUGUUAUUCAUAAUUGUAUUCAUUCCGGCACCAAAUCUUUGGCAUAAGAUUAGUACGGUAAAACAAACAUUUUUAACGCUUGGGAUACCAUAACAACAAUUUUAUAAAAUUGUUUGCACAUUUUUCUUGUCCGUUUUCUGGGUGAUAAAUGUAAAAUGGACAUUUCUCCUUUUUCAGAACAUGUUUUAAAUACCACUA